AUGAACCGACCAACGAGAACCCAGCAGGCAGCCAUGCAUAGGGAGCAUAGCCCGCUGCGAUCACAGCAAGUCCAACUCCUCUUCGGGAUUCACCAGAAGGACUCCAGUGUCCAGGAGUAUGCUCGGGACUUUCUGACCGAGGCGGUGGGGAAGGAGUUCAACGAGAGAGAGCUAAAACUCAUAUUUAACAGCGGCCUCGUUGAACCCCUCACCGCCAGUGAGACCCGGUUGGUGAAACCUCUGGGCUUUCGCGAGAUGGUGAGCUACCUGGUCAACCGGGACGAUUCCAGGCCCCCUCCUCCAGUCAAGUCCCCACCCUCCUUGUCUGCGAUCCCGGAGGGGUGCUCCCUGGGCAUGGUCACCCUGGGGACCUCAGCACCACCCUUCGCUAGUUCCGCCAGCUUCGAUCCCCCCACCAGCCUCCGUGGCAAGCGUGGGAGAAGGGAGUCGUGGGACUCCCAGUCCGACUCCUCCAGCACGGAGCUAGCCAGGCCUCCCAACACUUCUCUGCAGCCGGCCACACCUCCCGUGGGCCGGUCUAAGAAGAAGAAGCAGAGGAGGGGGUCAGCGUCAAGUCCGGUGUUUCCGGUGUCCGACCCCGAUUAUGAACCAACUUGCAGUGCAUCAUCAUCAUCCUGUGAUGUUGAAGAAUCAAGUCCAGACAAAGGGUUGACACUGAAUAAAGAAGUUCUUGAAAGUUCAGAUGCCAAUUCAAGUGACAGUGAAGAUCAGCCCACAGGCAAGUGUGCCAUUAAAAAACAAAAGAAGCUCAUAACAUAUUCGAAAAGACACAGUAAACAAAUAAAGACAAAAAAAGGCAAAUCAGUCCUGACCCUAAAAACCUGUACCAAACAAGAAGACCAAAAAAGAGUGUGGGACAAAAAACAUUACUGCCUUUACUGUGGCAAAUCACAGAUGAAGGUAUCAAGACACUUGGAGAGAAAGCAUAUUGAAGUUAGAGAUGUGGCAUAUGCCUUCAGCUUUCCACUAGGAUCAAAGCAAAGAAAGAGUCUUUUAGAACAGCUGCGCAAUAAAGGAGACUUUAAACACAAUAGAAAAGUUCUAGAAAAAGGCAGAGGACAAAUCGUGACGUGGAAGCAGCCGUCCGAACAAGCUUCCGUUAAAGACUAUUUGCCUUGCCCAUAUUGUUUCGGUAUGUUUAAGAAAAAUGACCUGUGGAGACACCAGUCCUCAUGCAGAACUAAGAAAACAUGUGCUGCAGAUGAAAAAGUGAAAAACAGACGAGGGAGAGUACAGAGUCGAGCUGCAUGCUUGCUUCCAACAUCAGCUUCAUCAGACGGUUGUCAGGCGGUCAUCAACAAUAUGAGACAUGAUGAUGUGUCUUUUCACAUCAGGAAGGAUUCUUUGAUUUGCAAAUAUGGCGAAUCGUUGUACGCAAAACAUGGUCGUGUGAAGUCUAGGCACCAGUACAUUGCACAAAGAAUGAGGGAGCUUGGCCGAUUCAUGUUAGUAGCCAAAGACAUGGACAAGACUGUCAAUUAUCUCGAAGAUUUGUGUGUACCAUCGAAAUUUCUGUUUGUGGUUAAUGUUGCCAAGAAUCUUACACAGUUCAGUCCAGGCAAAAAUGAAUUUGGGAAGCCUUCAACAGCAGUCAAAAUUGGAUUCUGCCUUAAAGGGGCUGCAGAGGUUCUGAUUGGGCAGACUCUUAUCAAUGAUGAUGAUCUGGCAGAAAGGAAAGCAAAAAAGUUUUAUGAACUUCUGGAGAAAAACUGGAGAAACAGUGUAUCCAUUACUGCUCACCAAUCAAUUCAAGAAAAAAGGUGGAAUAAACAAGAUGACAUCCCCCUCACCAAAAAUGUGAUUGUUCUGCGAGACCAUCUCAGGAAGGUAGAAGAUGAAGCAGUAAGGCAGUUGACACAACAGAUGAACUUGCAUGCAUACAAGACUUUAAAUGAGACCGUAUUGGCACAGGUCAUUAUCUUCAACAAGCGGCGUGAAGGUGAAGCAUCACGUUUGACACUGGACACCUACAAGCAAGCAAGCACAGGGACCAUUAAUGAGGACAUUUUUGGAACCUUGUCACCUUUAGAAAAGGAGCUGAGCAAGCUGUUGACCCGACUAGAAAUCAGGGGAAAACGAGGCAAGAAGGUCCCAGUUUUUUUGACAACAAGAAUGAAGGAGUCAAUCGACUUGAUGCUUCAAAAGAGAGAAGAAGCUGGUGUACUUGCUGAAAAUCCUCAUCUUUUUGCAAGACCUGGUGUGAUGACAAACAUACGUGGUUGUGACUGUCUGCGAAAAUAUGCAGAAGAAAGCAAAGCAGAAAACCCUGAACUCCUGAGGUCGACUAAAUUAAGAAAACAGGUUGCCACUCUCUGCCAACUCCUGGACCUUAGUGAACAAGAGCUGGAGCAAGUUGCAAGGUUCAUGGGGCACGAUAUCAGAGUCCACUGUGACUUUUACAGACAGACUGACAAAAUGUUUCAAAUUGCCAAGAUAAGUAAGCUUCUGUUUGCAAUGGAACAAGGCAGUGACAAUUUAAGAGGGAAGAACCUCAGUACACUUACUCCUUCUGUCUGUGAUCCCACAUCAAGAUCUUUAAGUGUCCCACAGAGACAAAGCAAGAAAAAGGAAAGAGAGCAGGAUGAGGGUGAAUGUUCUGAUCUUGUUAUGCCCUCAAAAAACACUGCAGUGGGAAUGGGACUUCAAAUGAAGAUUAUGAAGGCUUUGAACCCUCUUGCCCUGAAAAGACACUUGAAUCAUGCCAUGAGGAUGGGAGUUCAGAUGUAGAUGGUAACUGCCCAGGAGAAAAACUGCUCAAGAAGCCUACACCAAAAAAGAAAAGUGAAAAACGCACAAGGAGUGGGAAAGAAAAGGAGUCACCCAAGGUAACUGUGAGGAGACCAUGGAGGGAAGCAGAGAGGAGAGCAGUGAACAAACACCUGGGAAAGUAUAUGGCAGAGCGCAGAGUUCCUGGAAAAGUUGAGUGCAUGCAGUGCAUAGAAGAAGAGA